CCUCCCCCCGUCUUCUUUAUACAUGAGCUGCUGAAGGCGCCGGUCCCGCCCCGGUCAUGCUGGUGAGCAAGAGGGUGAAGCGCCUCUUGCAGCUGGUGCCUGGGAAGCAGCGCUUCGGCGUUUACAGGUUCCUGCCCUUCUUCUUCCUCCUCGGGGGAGCGAUGGAGUGGUUCAUGAUCAACGUCCGCGUUGGCAAGGAGACCUUUUAUGAUGUUUACCGUAGGAAACGAUCUGAAAGACAGUACGAGGCAAGGAUGGAAAAACAUGAAUUUUAGCUGAAACAUUUCAAGGGGAAGGUUCUGAAUGCUUCAACUGUAUUACUACCAAAGAAGCAUUACUGCCACGUUGAUGGUAGGGGAGGAUUUUGUCUCUGCAAGAUGAACUGUAAUCCACAAGUUUGUCUAAUACACUCUCAGAUGGUUUUGGCAGUUUCAUUCUUCUUCCGUCUACUUUGUAUCUUUAAUGUUUUGUAUUUAAGCCAAAUACAACAAUGAAAAGUUCAUUGUGUUUAGGCUGCUGCUGCUUGUUUAAUGUUUGUUUAGUACUCUUAAAUAAACUAAACUGA